CCUAUGUCAUUGCAGUCUGUACAACACGAGAAAAUUAGGUUCCAAGGGAGAAGACAAGAAAAAGUCUUCCACAAAAGCAAACACAGGGAAUGCUUUUGUGAUACCAACAGUUCUCAAGCCUUCGUCAAUCUGUCCGCCCCCAGUCUUUGGAUCGUUAACUGCCUCAGAUCUCGAUGGAAAGAAGCCGAAAGAGACACGCCACCUUUGAACUACUGCCUUUCUCGAUCACCGGCGCCAUUUCCUACCGUGCCACCGCGUUCAUCGUCGUCGCCCCUCUUCUCGUUUUAGUCGUCAUUUAUGCCUGCUUUUGGCCGCCUGGAGUACCCACAGCUUUCUUCCGCUUGCAAAAUGGUGCAAAUACUACGGAGAUAAUCCCAAAAGAUGAACUGGAAGCAGCACUAGAGGGGGUCGCCAUGGAGAACAGGACUUUGAUCAUCGCGAUACUGAACAAGGCGUACGUGGAGCAGAACGCGAUGCUGGAUCUGUUCUUGCAAAGUCUUGGAGAAGGGGAGGACACCGAAUUCUUGAUCGACCAUCUUCUCUUCGUCGCCGUCGACCAGAGGGCCUUCAACAGAUGCCGCACCCUGGAGCUUCACUGCUACAAUCUCGUAACCGAGGGCGUCGACUUCUCCAAGGAAGUCUUCUACAUGUCUGAUGCAUUCAACAACAUGAUGUGGCGAAGAACUCUCUUCCUCGGAGAUGUCCUCCGGCGCGGCUACAACUUCAUCUUCACCGAUAUGGAUGUCAUGUGGCUACGGAAUCCGUUCUCACAGUUGUAUCGUGAUGGAGAGGACCUUCAGAUGAGCAGUGAUUUCUACUACGGCAAACCAUUCGAUAACUCCUUCUUCAACACCGGCUUCUAUUUCGUGACAGCAAACAACAAGACCAUAGCACUGUUCGACGAGUGGUAUGCGAGGAGGAACAACUCGAAAGGCAUGAAAGAUCAAGAUGUGUUGCAGAAGAUGAAGAGGGAGGGCGCGUUCACGCGGCUGGGGCUGAAAGUGAGGGCCUUGGAGACUACCUAUUUUAGUGGGUUCUGUCAAAUGAGUCAGGACUUGAGGAAAGUGAUUACGGUUCAUGCGAACUGUUGUGGCAGCAUGAAAGCUAAGCUCAUAGACCUGAGAUCUGUGCUAGAAGCUUGGAAGGUUAACAACUCGAAUGGCACAUCAAAUGCUACUACUACUGCAUGGCCUCCUGUCAAGGGAAUCUGCUUGCACGACACCGCCACCAAGCAUACUGCCACAAAGCACUGAAGUGAACAAGGUAAGAUGACCAAGGUUUCUGUGCAUUCACAACUCGAGAGAGAUACUUGUCGAUCCAUGCAUCACUUAUGUCUUCCAUGCAAUUAUAAAUGCUUCCCUUACCAGUUUAAAGCAAAGGUGCGGGAUGAAAUGUUUUAGUCUAUACUUAGUACCGACGAGCAAUAGGGAGAAAUACAAAGAA